GGCAUUCCACUAUGCGUCACCACUUGCUUGAGUGAGGCAGCAACUGCCGCCGGUUGUGAGUCUUAUACGAGCGUCGCCUGCGUGUGUCCUUCACCAACGUUCCAAACUUCCGCUGCCUCCUGCCUACAAUCAAACUGCUCUUUGGCUGAUCGAAGUCUCGCCGUCUCCCUGGCGGAUGCCGUCUGUAAACCUUACACUGGUGCUCUGACUUUGCUAGACGAGUUGACUGCCAACCCCACUGCUGCGAGUGGGACGCUCUCCGUGUUCUCGACAAGAAGUGUUGAGAGCGUGUUUUCCACCUCGUCAGAAUACGCCAAAUCUGCGUCACCAUCCCUCGAAUCGAUGAGCAGUGUGGCAUCCAUGUCUUCCGUGGCCUCAGCCUCAGCAUCGUCUCUC